CUCGUCGACUUUUUCCGUCGCUCAGAAGCGGAAAACCCUUUUCAUUCAAAACGCAGGAAAACCAGACAGAGAAAACCACUUCCUCGGCAAACAAACUCACCAGGAUUACGCUGGUUAUUUUCUGCUUUUGGUUCAUAGUCUCUCAAGUCUCAGCUCUCAAUUAAAAAGAAGAGGAAGUUAAAAAAUGAGAGAAGAGGAGGUAGAGAGGCUCCGUGGCGUGGUGAGAGACUGUGUAAGCAAGCAUCUGUACUCUUCGGCAAUAUUCUUCGCCGACAAGGUCGCGGCGCUGACCAAUGAUCCGGCUGACAUCUACAUGCAGGCGCAGGCUCUCUUCCUUGGCCGCCACUACCGCCGUGCUUUCCACCUACUCAAUGCCUCGAAAAUCGUGCUCCGAGACCUCCGUUUUCGCUAUCUCGCUGCCAAGUGCCUCGAAGAGUUGAAGGAAUGGGAUCAGUGUAUGUUGAUGCUUGGUGAGGCUAAGGUUGAUGAGAAUGGGAAUGUAUAUGAUACAAAAGAUGGCAAUGUCAUGUACUUGGACAAAGAUGGGGAGGAUCGAGAGAUCAAUAUUUCUUCUGCAAUAUGCUUUCUACGAGGCAAAGCAUGUGAAGCUCUGCAAAAUCGUGCCUUGGCUCGACAAUGGUACAAAGCUGCUAUCAAAGCUGAUCCAUUGUGUUAUGAGUUUCCCAUGAAACUCAACGUUCAUUCUUUUCUGAAGACUAGAACUUCUAGUUACAGUAGUUCAUCCCUGAUCUGUACUUUAAAAAACAACACUGAUAUUUUGGCCUGCAAAGCAGAGUACUAUCAUCAGUGUGGCGAAUAUCAAAAGUGCUUUGAGUUAACUUCUGUACUGCUUGAAAAAGAUCCUUUCCAUCUGAAAAGCACCUUAGUACAUUUAACAGCAGCUAUGGAGCUUGGCCAUUCAAAUGAGCUCUAUCUUAUGGCAUGCAAUUUGGUGAAGGAUUAUCCUCAAAAGGCUUUAUCAUGGUUUGCUGUUGGUUGUUACUACUAUUGUAUCAAGAAGUAUGAUCAAGCACGCCGUUAUUUCAGCAAAGCUACUAGCCUAGAUGGAGCAUUUGCACCUGCUUUGAUAGGUUAUGGAAAUGCUUUUGCCGCUCGUGACGAGGGUGAUCAGGCAAUGUCAGCUUAUCGUACCGCUGCUCGGUUAAUUCCUGGGUAAUUUGUAUUAUUGUUAUUCUAUUUUAUGGAGUACAUGCGAACUCACAGCUUUAAGCUUGCUGAGCAGUUUUUCAUGCAGGCGAAAACUAUCUGCCCUUCGGACCCCCUUGUUUAUAAUGAACUUGGAGUUGUUGCAUAUAAUAUGAAAGAGUAUGAUAAAGCUGUGCGGUGGUUUGAGAUGACAUUAGCUCACAUCCCCUGCCCUUUAAGUGAAACGUGGGAACCAACUGUGGUCAAUCUUGCUCAUUCAUACAGGAAGCUAAAGCUGUACAGGGAAGCAAUUUCUUGUUAUGAGAAAGCACUUGCAUUAUCAAAUAGAAGCUUGAGUACGUAUGCUGGUCUUGCAUACACAUAUCAUUUGCAGGAUCACUUCACUGCUGCAAUUACAUAUUAUCAUAAGGCAUUAUGGCUGAAACCAGAUGAUCAGUUUUGCACUGAAAUGUUAAGUGUGGCUCUCAUGGAUGAAUGCCGGCGUGGGAUAGAUCCAAAAAUUGAGUUUCACUAAAAGUUUCUGAUGCUGAUAAUAUUCUUUGCAUUCAUCUUGUAAUGUAAUUGUAAUAUCAUGUUUAUCAUCGCGUUAAAAGGUUGGUUCUAUCUAAUUUUUGUUUUCCUCUAUGAAGAUGGAGAAAUUGGGCGUAAUUAGUGUAUAUUUAUCUGUCAUUCCAAAA